UCCAGGCGAGUGCGGACCUACAAAGUUUGUCCGCUCCGACGCACCGUAGUGGCUUUUACCCUGGCCGGGCGGGCUGGGCUCUGCCGGGGUGGGCUGGGCUGGGCUACGCGGCUUGAGCCUGGCUCUGUCCAGAGCGAGACCCUGAUGGCUGCGGUGUUUCUGGUAACGCUUUAUGAAUACUCGCCACUUUUCUACAUCGCGGUGGUCUUUACUUGCUUCGUCGUGACCACCGGUCUGGUAUUGGGAUGGUUUGGUUGGGAUGUUCCAGUAAUUCUGAGAAAUUCAGAAGAGACUCAGUUCAGCACAAGAGUUUUCAAAAAGCAAAUGAGACAAGUCAAGAAUCCUUUUGGCUUAGAGAUCACUAAUCCAUCUUCAGCUUCAAUUACAACUGGCAUAACCUUGACAACAGAUUGCCUUGAAGACAGUCGUCUUACAUGCUACUGGGGGUGCAGUGUUCAAAAAUUAUAUGAAGCUCUGCAGAAGCAUGUUUAUUGCUUCAGAAUAAGCACUCCCCAAGCAUUAGAAGAUGCUCUGUAUAGUGAAUAUCUCUAUCAGGAACAGUAUUUUAUUAAAAAGGACAGCAAAGAAGAAAUAUAUUGCCAGUUACCAAGAGAUACUAAAAUUGAAGACUUUGGCACAGUGCCCAGAUCUCGCUAUCCAUUGGUAGCGCUAUUGACCUUAGCUGAUGAGGAUGACCGGGAAAUUUAUGAUAUUAUUUCCAUGGUGUCAGUGAUUCAUAUUCCUGAUAGGACUUAUAAACUAUCCUGCAGAAUAUUGUAUCAAUAUUUACUCUUGGCUCAAGGUCAAUUUCAUGAUCUUAAGCAACUUUUCAUGUCUGCAAAUAAUAAUUUCACUCCCUCCAACAAUUCCUCUUCAGAAGAAAAAAACACAGACAGAAGUUUGUUGGAAAAGGUGGGACUCUCUGAAAGUGAAGUUGAGCCAUCGGAGGAGAACAGCAAGGACUGUGUUGUUUGCCAGAAUGGGACUGUGAACUGGGUGCUCUUACCAUGCAGACACACCUGCCUGUGUGAUGGCUGCGUGAAGUAUUUUCAGCAGUGCCCAAUGUGCAGGCAGUUUGUUCAGGAAUCUUUUGCACUUUGCAGUCAAAAAGAGCAAGAUAAAGACAAACCGAAGACUCUUUGAAGACAUUGUAACACUGAAAAGUACACUUUCUACUAAAGAUGCAGAAAUUGAUGAUCUUGGAAUUCAUUAUAACAUGGAAUCUACAGUAUUGGCCAUCAAUGAAAAUUCUAUUUUAACUUCAUAUUUGUAUGGUACAUGGAUGAUAAAAAUUGAUUAUUCCUUUCUGCUUAGUAAAUGAAUACUGAAAUUCAUCUGUGUUGAUACAUAAAAAUUCAUUCAACUCUUGAAAAGAA